GAUCCAUACGACGCUAACUUCACAUACACUUCCUGAAAUGUAACACGUCGAUCCAUGAAGCCCGCAACUAUUGUGAUUAGUAUUGGCAUCAGUAUAAAAAGUCACAAAUAUUCUUGGAGGAGGGUGCUUAAACUGCCGCAAUGGACGCGAGGGAAUCUACAAAGAAGUAGGAAAACUAGAUGGACAAUGUCUUUGCCUCCUAAAACAAUGAAACAAAAAAGAAACCGACCAUAAGAAAGAGCUCGGACACAGGGAAGCGUAGCGUUGUCCAAUAGGGGGCGGGGGGGUCAUGUUUUGGAGAGGAACGUUGGGUGCGUUCCCGGAGCAACAGGGAAGAUGGCAGCCCUCACAUCUCUAACCCAGUUGUCAAGUGGGAACCCUGUAUAUGAGAACUUUUACAGGCAGGUGGAUCCUGGGAAUACAGGGAGAGUAGGACCAACAGAAGCUGCUCUUUUCUUAAAAAAGUCUGGACUCCCUGACCUUACUUUGGGAAAGAUCUGGGAUUUGGCUGAUCCUGAUGGCAAAGGCUACUUGGACAAACAGGGGUUUUAUGUGGCUCUACGACUGGUUGCCUGUGCUCAGAACAGUCUGGAAGUCAGCUUGUCCAGUCUCAGCCUAACAGUCCCUCCUCCGAAGUUUAAGGACACCAGCAGUCCAUCUCUAAGCAGCACAGCCUCUGUUCCUGGUGAAUCGCACUGGGCUGUCAGGCCAGAGGAGAAGAAUAAAUUUGAUGGGAUUUUUGAAAGUCUGGCUCCAGUCAACGGCCUGCUGUCAGGAGAGAAAGUCCGCCCAGUCUUAAUCAACUCCAAGCUACCUCUGGAUGUCCUUGGGAAGGUUUGGGACCUGAGUGACAUAGACAAGGAUGGCCAUCUAGACAAAGAUGAGUUUGCAGUGGCCAUGCACCUGGUGUACCGGGCCUUGGAAAAAGAGCCUGUUCCUGCACUCCUCCCCUCUGCUCUCAUCCCUCCAUCUAAGAGGAAGAAGAGUCUCAGCUCUGUGGCCAGCUCUUUACCUGGACUGCCUGCAAGCCCUCCUCCACCUAAAGAUUCUCUACGUUCCACACCCUCCCACGGCAGCAUGAACUCACUCAACAGCACUGGCAGCCUGUCACCCAAACACACACUCAAGUCUGGACAGCAUUCAGUGAACUGGGUGGUCCCUGUGUCAGAACGUGGCCGCUAUGACGAUAUCUUCCUGAAGACGGAUGCUGACAUGGAUGGUUUUGUCAGUGGACAGGAAGUAAAGGAGAUCUUCAUGCAAUCUGGACUUUCUCAGACUCUUCUUGCCCAUAUAUGGGCUUUAGCAGAUACAAGGCAGAUAGGCAAGCUGACCAGGGAGCAGUUUGCCCUCGCCAUGCAUCUUAUCCAGCAGAAAGUCAGUAAGGGCAUUGAUCCUCCACAAGCCCUGACUGCUGAUAUGAUUCCACCUUCUGAAAGAGGCACUCCACUACCGAGUAUGUCAGGAUACAUUACUCCAGUGGGAUCUGAGAUGGCUGCUCUGUCAGAAAUGAGGCGGGACAGCUCUAGUUCAGUGGGUUCAGGAGAGUUCACUGGCAUCAAGGAGUUGGAUGACAUCAGCCAGGAGAUAGCUCAGCUGCAAAGCACUCUUGCCUAUACCCAGUGGAAUACUCUCAGGGAGAAGUACACUCUUGAGCAGGACAUCAGGGAAGCAGAGGAGGCUAUCAGACAUAAGAGUGCUGAGGUGCAGGAAAUGCAGAAUGACCUGGACAGAGAGACAACCAGCCUGCAGGAGUUAGAAGCUCAGAAACAAGAUGCCCAGGACCGCCUGGAGGAGAUGGACCAGCAGAAACACAAAUUAGAAGACAUGUUGAAUGAAGUCCGGAUGAAGUGCCAGGAAGAGUCUCAGAUGAUCUCAAGCCUCCAGACUCAAAUCCACUCCCAGGAGUCAGACUUGCUAAACCAGGAAGAAGAGUUGAGCCGGGCCAAGGCUGACCUGGGCCGGCUGCAACAAGAGGAGAAUCAGCUGGAGCAAAGCCUGGCCGCAGGCAAGAUUCAACUAGAGACCAUCAUCAAGUCUCUGAAAGCAACCCAGGAUGAGAUCAACCAGGCUCGCAGCAAGCUGUCACAGAUUCAAGAUAGUCAACAGGAAGUGUCUAAAAGCAUUGAGCAGUACAACAGCACCUUGAAUGGAAACCAUGGAGGCAGCAUGACCAACUUGGCUGACAUGAGUGAAGGCUUCAGUGACCGAGAGAAUGGAGGAUUUCCAGCCAUGGUGAGAGCAGUACAGGAGGACCCAUUCAAAGUGAAGCCAUCUGUGUUUAACAGUCAACCUCAAGGGCUUCCCACUGACCCCUUCCAGUCUGAAGACCCCUUCAAAACAGACCCAUUCAAAGGUGACCCUUUUCAGAAUGAUCCUUUUGCAAAGCAGCCAUCAGUACCCACAGAUCCAUUUGGAGGAGACCCCUUCAAAGAGACAGACCCAUUCAAGGCUUCAUCAGAAGACUUCUUCAAGAAAACCACAAAGAUGGAUCCCUUCUCCACACCAGACCCUUUCAGUAAAAGUGCCACUUUACCCUCCAAGCAACCUACUACCUUCACAAGCAGUGACCCAUUUUCUUCAAGCCAUCAAAAACCUAAAGGAUCAGACCUCUUUGGCACACUGGACCCGUUUGGCAGCAGUUCAUUCAACAGCAGUAACACUUCUGUUGGAUUUGCAGACUUCAGCCACAUGUCGAAGUCCAGAGACCCUUUUGAAGGAAGGGCCACCUGGCUUCCAGACUACCAGAAGCCAGUGUUUGUGGAUGACCCAUUCAGCAGGAAGAAUGACAUGCCGGCUCUGCCUCCAAAGAAAAGUGUUCCCCCCAGGCCCAAGCCACCCAGUGGUAAGACCACGCCAGUGAACAUGACUGGUUCAUCUGACUCUUCCAAACCCUGUGAUCCUUUCAAACCAUUCAGUGGCGAGGUCAUUGACCCUUUUCAGAGUAAAAAGGGCCUGGGAGACCCAUUCAGCGGCAAAGACCCUUUUGUCUCAUCCUCAGCAUCAAGUAAACCCACUAAAGGCUCUACUUUGGGUUUUACAGACUUCAAUUCUGACCUGACAAAGUCAAGUUUGGAAACGAGGCUCAGCAGUUGGAAUGGGCUAAACGUGAAAGCGAGCGUGCAGAACGUGAGCGGCUGAAGAGACUCAGACAGCAGGAACAGGAGGACCUGGAACUCGCCAUUGCCCUCAGUAAAGCAGAGAUGUCCAAUGCAUGACCUGGAGGUCCCACUACAUGUGAAUACUUGUAUAGCCAUAGUGAGGCUAACCUGCAGACAAAGGUGACUGGCUGAAAUAUUAAGACAUGAAACACAUCACUGAACUAAUUACUGCACACACACACACUCACACAGAACUCCACACUCAGUGACUUUAUUGGAUUGGAAGAAAACAAGAAACUUUCAGACAAGUUUGGAUGAUGGCCCUGCAAACAGAAAAAAAACAAUAAAACAGAAUUGUGGGUCGUAAAGCAUCAUUGAAAAACGGGUGCUGACAUGAAGAAAAGGGGAACUGAAAUAUAAAGACGUGGCAAGAAAGCUGCUUGGUAGAAAGAGUGUACAAGCCCCAUAGUAGCUACACGGUAAUGUUGUUUUACCGAUAAGGGAGACUAGCUGAUCGCUGCAGGUAGAACACCACGACAGUUUGUGUUCAUGUUUCUUUGUUUCGUUUUUUAAGCUACACUCACCAUAUGGAAACAAACCUUGCUGUCCUUAAUAGAAGAGCAGAUGACCUUUUCUUUGGUUGUAACAAUCAGCAGCAAAGAAAUUGCCCCUGUAAUUCUCAGAAGGGACUCGUAAAUUGGUUGUAUCAUUUAGUUAAUAAAAUUACAUGAUGUAGUAAGUAUGUCAGUUAAUAUUCAGUGCGAAGCUGUGUUGCCGGUGGAGUAAUGCGUAGAAUGAGGUGUUAAAUUCCCAUUUGGUAUAGAGAGGCUUAUAGAAAGGACUGGACUGAACAGGGUUCGGCACUUUAUUUAUUUCAUUCAAUAAUACUCAUUAACGGAGGGUUUAAAAAAUCGAUUUCCCCGAUUCAAAUCGAUUUUAGUUUGAACAAUGCGAUAUCGAUUCAUGAAAUCCUGAUUUGAUUUUUAACUAUUUGUAAGUAUUUUGUCAGAAACGCCAAAAUCUCAGCUUAAAGCUCACAAAACGACUUCAACAACCACCAAACAGCUAAAACAGCAAAUGAGAGCAGGUAAACGGAUUCCACGAAAAGACGUGAACACAAAGCGCAGGUCGUUCACCCGACGAUCUGCGCACAGAAACGCCGUCAGCUGCUGAAAGCAAACAGAUUCUGAAGUCGCAGGUUUUGUCACUCUCUGACCAAAAUUUACUGAUCGGCAGCAAAAAAAGAUCAAACCUACGCUUCACGUGUGAAAAACAUCGUCAUGAAUUCCCUCUUACUUUACAGUUUUGCUUCCACCACAAUAAAAAUCUCACUUCCUGCACAGCGCUCUCUCUCAGUCUAUUUCAAGAACAGUUUCCCAUCUCAAAUCUGUUUUCUGCAUCAUGUACAGUUUUAUGUACAGCGCUGUCGAUCGCUGUUUUUUUUUUCUCUGUAACUUUGCUUCACUUCAGCAGCUUCAGGUAAUGUUUAUGUUGAUUCAUGGUUUUCUUCCGUUUUUGUUCUACUGCAGAAUAUUUUUAAGGCGGUAAUCUGCUUUAAAAAGCCAGGCCAGGAAAAUCUCCUUCAUGUUUUUCUGUUUUAUCCUCAGUUACUUUGACACUAAGGCAUCUGCUGUGAUGCUUACACCUCUGAUGAAGUGUCAGCUUUUUAUACAUAGAUUGAAUCGAAUCGAAUUGAAUCGGGGAUCGAAUCGGGACCUUCUGAGUCAGAUUUGAAUCAAUUAUAGAAAUCAGUGGCGACGCCCGGCCCUAAUACUCAUUAAAUAUUAUUUUAAGGCCAGACACUUACACUAACAAAGACUGAGAUAAGAAGUGAAAAGAUAUUAACAGUAUUUUUAAACUGUAUUUAACCGCUUUGUUCCAAGCUAGACUAAAGUCACUGCUUCAUUUUUUCUCAUGACUCCAGGUGAGCGUGUGUCUCCAAAUAUCAGGAUUUAGAGAUUAAACACUUUAACCAGAUAAAGAUUCAGGCAAUCUGGGAUGCCUAGAGCCUUAUUAUCCAAUGGUUCCACUGUAUAACCAUUUUAACAGUAAUACCUUCAUGGAAUAUUCCUUCUAUCUACUACUGAAAUUCAAAAGGCCUCAAGGAACCACAGACAAUAUUAUCUUUUCAGGUGUGUGCUGUCGUCCCUGAGUUUAAAUGGCUUCUCUUGUGAAUUUGUCUUUCAGCCCCCAGUUUAAAUGUGACAUACUGUGAAAACCCACUUUACUUUGUGUUGUGCUUAUUUAUCAUGAAGAAAUAAAUAAUACACAGUGGGAAAGUGAAAGAGACUCAGAAUAGGGUUGGUUUUUUUCUUUGGUGCUCUUCUGCCUUGAGUCUGUAGCUUAUAUGUUUCUCUUUUUCAGUAUUAUGUUUGCCACCCAUCACAGACGCUCCCUUCCUCUGGCUCAUCAUUUCAGUUUGAAAAGAAAUCUUUUAACCUGGCAGUGUUUAAGGUAGAAUGUUUAUUGGCUUAUGAAGACAUAAAAGUAACAGGAGCUGAGAGAAGCAUUAUGCAUUACACUGGUUUCCUCUAAUGUGAUAACUACCUAAUGAAUGAAAAUAACUAUGUCAGGAUAUCGACAUAUUCUUUGGAGUGAGAGUAACGUACUGUAAAAAUAUUCUUCCCGUUUUCAUGAGAGAGGUCAUCGUGUAAAGAGUCCUCUGCACUGACCUGUAGUGCUGUAUAUAGACAGAGCCUAUGCCUCUUCUUGACAACUGUACUCUGAUCACAAUGAUGUGAUAUCAUACCACAUCCAGCAAAUGAAGUAGAAGAUGAGGGAAUUAAUUUUCCAUAUUUUCAACUAGUCUGUUUUUUAUCGAUUAUUUUUUAGAAACUGAUGGUUUUAGCACUGUUUUCAGUUGAUGACUACAGAACAGCAAACACAAGUUGCAGAUAGAUUUCUGACUGGCUGGAAACUGGAUAUUGAAGAGUGCUAAUUCUUAUGUGACAUAGUUUGAUGUUCCAUAACAGCUCACUUUGUUUAUUUUAGGAGUUGUCUCUUGACUUGAACUAUCAACCAACGCUUAAGGGAGACAGAAAUAAGUUGUUUCUAGAGUUUUGUUUUGUUUUUUAUCUGGAAUUUUUUUUUUUAAAAACUGUCCCAAAAAACAGAUUUCGUUGAACUUAACUUCUGAGCUGUUACUGCAAAGCAAAGCUUACUGAUGUGAUCUUUAUACUGUAACAUUGCACUGGAUGUAUUCUGAUGGAACCUAAAAAUGUUUCAGUCAUUCUGAAAUCACUUCAUAUUUGUUGAAAUUUAAUGAAAAUAUAAACUCCUUCUAAUAACAGAAAACACUGGCAUACAUUCUGCUUGACUUGAAGUUUAAUACAUAAAAAAAUGUACUGAAAUGUUCAGGUUGCGUCAGAUUUCAAUCCAAAACUAUGAUGGGAUGGUCCCAAAUAAGAGCUGGGGGUGUGUAAAGGCUCUGAAAGUGGCUUUGUACUGAGUGAUAUGACAGAAUGACCUCAAAUAAGUGUUACACUUGCUUUUCCGCUCAUCGCAUUGAAAAAAAAAAUGCUGGUACUAAUGUGGUUACUUUCAUGACUGCAACAUUGAAUUGUUUGUUUUUUUCUUCCCAGAUGUCAGACAUGUUGAAACCGCUUUCCAGGGGUCAACAUUACAUAAAUCCUUGUAAUGUGAAUUCACCAAAAUAGGAGUGAAAAGUGAAGUUAAGGUUGAUAAUGCACCCCUGAUUCUGCGAGUAAGAAGUGUAAACUGCCUCUCUCAGCUUUUUUUUAUGUUUACACAUCAAGAGUGUUUCCUUUACUAUAGCUGUUACUGAGCGGUGUCCUUAGUAUGUGAUAAACCUGCCUUCAUCUACUUCUCAGUCAUAAAACACAUGUUGGCUUUUAAGUCUCUGCCGUGAGUAGAGGCCCACUCGUGUCCGUCCGUUUUCUCCGUUUAAAUAAAACUGUUCAUGAGCUUCUACCGAGCUAGCAGGUCGUCAGCUACACACUUGUUUUCACUGCAUUAUAAAAAGUUACAGUUGACUUAAUUGGUAUCGAGUAAAAAGCUUAUAGUGUGGUAUACUAGAAGUUGAAUAAAAAGCUAUGUGUAUUAUCUAAAAGGUGCAGUAUGUUCAAUACCUUACUGCAGAAUUGUUUGCCCUUGUUUUCCACAGUGGCUAGUGGUGUUACUUUUGUUUAUUAACCAUAUUUCUUUAAUUCUUACAGCACAUUGACAUCAGAUCAAGCAUGUAUUCCAAUAGCAGUCACCUAACAACUCAUCUACACUAGCUUGAGAAGCAAUGUGAUCUAAGCUUCUUGCUUGAGGCAUCUCUAAACUUGUCACUGCUAAUUGUGACAUAAUAGUCUAACUGCUUCGUUAAGGUGAAGGUUCUUGUUUCAAAUCUCCUUUGAGCUGGCCCCUCACAGGUGGAGUUUGACUUUUCAGCUUCCUGCCACAGUUCAAAGACAUGGUUGGUUUGACUUCUACAUAGGCUGUGAUUUUCACACAAAUAUGCUUCAUAACCUAACGUGCUGUAUACCACGGAGGUCACAAUGUGGGAGAUUUGCAUGUGGUACUGAGCCUGAACAAGGUCUGUAUAGAUACAGUUAGAGGACUGAAGCUUUUGCUAUGCUUCUUAUAACUAUGUGGAACCCACACUGGCUUAAGUGCUAUAGAAGUUUAUUUUUCCCAGAACUAAAGAGAGUGUGUAUGUGGAUGGCUCAGCUGAAUUUUGAAAGCAAAACGUGGAAUCGUUCUGUAUAUUAUAGGGCAGAGAGGUGCGUUAUCUUUAUAGCACAGCUGACAUUCUGUGGCGGUGUAUAUACUUCAACAAGCUAGGAUGUGAUAUGGUCACACAGUAUAACUAGCAACAUGUAGGAGACAGAGGGACCUGUGAUUAUGCCAACACACUCCUUGAGAAGUAGGGUUGGGCAGCAUUUCUAUGGGUUUAAUUCUGACAUUCUGCACCAAUGCUGAAAACAAAACUUGAAAUAUUUCAAAAUUCAGAAAUUGGAGUAUGUGGUGAGAUGGAACGACAUGCACAUUAUCAUUAGCACCAAGAACUAGCAGCACUCGAUACCCAGUCCUUCUGUAAAGGGCUGCAUGUGAUGUGUGUCUGCAAUCACCCCGUCUGCUGUGUACUGCUUAGAGUGCUGUGUUAACGGACUGGUACCAUUGUUCAUACUGUAUUUGUCAUUAGAUACCUCCAUUGUGCAAUAGAUAUGUUUCUUUUAUUGUUGUUUUAUGUAUAGUCUGAAAGAAGUCUAAUUUUUUUAUAUGUUGUGUAUGUUUUUAAUAUAAUUAUUUAUGUAUCCACAGCCAGCCACUCUUCUGACCUGAUUUUCUUCCAAGCAUCAAAAGCCUUUUAUUGCAAAAUCCUUUUUUUUAUUUUGAGGAAGAACAAGUAAACACAAUGUUAAUUACUAAAUGUUAUUAAAAUAUCAACAGUGUUAGCAGUUAAAAAGAAAUAUCAGCUGAUGAUUGAUGAUAAGUGUCAAAAUUACAGCUUAACAGUUUCUUUGUUUUAAUGUUCAUUUUAUCAGAAUGGUUCAUGUUUUCUUGUAGUGUGAAACCACUGAGUUGUGUCUUUGCUGGCAUGCUGAUGCGUAAUAUUAAGCAGGCAAAACGAAUUCAUUGUGUCAUUCGUCAUUUUUUUGAUUUCUUUUCUAACUCUUGUUGUUGUUGCUCUCUCUGCUAUCGACAAAUUAUUCAGCGCUGUUUUUAUAAAAAUGCAUACAGUGCGUGUACGGUCUCUGUAGUAUCAUGUCUGGUAUAUGUGUCCUAACAGCAUAAACAAACGAACCAGUGAAUUUUAGAGGAAAACAUUUGGAACAACGGCUAGAGAACAGAGGUUUACCUAGAAAAGUGAGGAUCUAUAUGGUCUCUAUAUGGUCUGUACUGUUUACUAGAAUAAACAUUUCCAUUAAUGAAUGCA